AAAAUGCUGCUCUAGAAAUGCAUAGUAUCAAAAAUGGGAAGGAAGAAUAUAAAGAAACAGACCCUUUACGAGAAGACGUUGAAAGAAAAGAGAAAAUAAUUCAAAGGACAUACAAAGAAACUUGCUAUUACGUAUUGAAGAAUGUGACAGUAGAACCAACGAUGUUUAUUUACAUAAUUCCUAGUAUAUUAAUGGUUUUAACAUCUCAAAACUUAAGUAUAGAGAAAGCAUGUCGUGUGAAUUUAAACUUUUCCUCAGAAAUCUGUGAUGCAUUAAGAGAACAGACUUUAGGGGAACAGAAUGAAUACGAAAGGGAUGUACAGCAACUUGUAGCUAAAGCUAUGUCUUGGAAAACUUACAUCACAGCAACGCUACCCUGUAUUCUGGCCCUCUUCAUCGGAUCUUGGUCUGAUAUAACUGGUCAUAGAAAAUGUUUUAUUAUGUUACCAAUUACUGGUCAGAUUUUGGUAUGCGUCAAUGGUUUUAUAAAUACUUACUUUUUAACCCAACUCAAUUUAGAAGUGUUAGUAUUUUCCGAAGCAAUACUCGAUGGAUUAACUGGAUCCUGGUGUGUUUGUCUCCUAACCUUAUUUGCAUAUAUUAGUGCAGCAACGUCUGAUGACAAUAGAACAUUCCGAAUGGGAUUGGUCAGUUUAAGCUUAACGGUUGGCUUUCCUAUAGGAAUGGGUAUUAGUGGCAUACUGUUGAAAAGAGUUGGGUUUUAUGGAUGUUAUGGUAUAAGUGGAGGCUUUCACUUUAUUAAUUUGCUACAUACUAUUUUUAUUCUGAAGGAUCCAAAGCGCAAUGCUGAGCAGAAAAUGCAUGACAAAAAAGGAGUUCUUCACUUCUUCCGUACGUUCUUUGAUUUGAAAAACAUUAAAGAAACUCUCGCAGUUGUGUUUAAACAGGGUCCAAACAAUAGACGAAUGAGGAUAUGCGUGAUGCUAUUGGUUGUUAGUAUUUUAUUCGGACCUAUGCAUGGUGAACUGUCCGUAAUGUACAUAUCAACUAGAUAUAGGUUUAAUUGGGAUGAAGUUAGAUUCAGCAUAUUUCAAGCGUACAACUUCGUUACACAUACUAUUGGAACAAUCUUCUCGAUAUCGGUGUUCAGUAAAUACCUGCAAUGGCACGACUCUGUGCUGGGCAUCAUAUCCACAGUCAGCAAAAUAGCAGCUUCAUUUGUUUAUUGUUUUGCACCGAACGAAAGGAUAUUCUUCAUUGCACCUCUAGUUGACAUUUUAAAUGGAACGUCGUUGCUGGCCAUGAGAUCUAUAGUCUCAAAAUUAGUGCUACCGACUGAAUUUGGCAAAGUAAACUCUAUUUUCGCCCUCACCGAGAACCUCAUGCCUCUAGUUUACGUCCCUCUAUACACGCAGGUGUAUGUGGCCACUAUGGAGGUUUUACCGGGGGCUGUAUUCCUAAUGGGGGCUGCGAUGACGUUACCAGCUGUUGUCAUUUUCAUUUGGCUGUUUUGGGAACACAGAAGAAACCAAAGGAUAUUAAAAAAGCAAAAUGGUGUCGAAUUAAAGGAACACUAGAAUAAUUUACCGAAAAAAAAAAGACUGGAAAAAAUAUCAGAAAACGAAAUAGGUGCAUAAUUUUCAGCACAAAGGAAUAAAACAGGUUCCAUGAAAAAUGUUAUACGAAUUGAUUGAAAAUGUACAAAGGGGUUUUAU